AUGGCAUAUCCCAGCUACGCAACUCUCAACAAUGGCUACAAACAGCCGAGGACCCAUAACCACCACCAUCACCGUCGUAACAUCAUGCCGCAGACGAACCCCCGCGUCAGCCCGCGCCGGGGCCUCCACCGCAACAUGAACAACAACCAGAAGAUCUCGGACAUGCUCUUCGGCGAGCGGCCGCGCUUAAAGAUUGCCACCAACGGCUGCUUCGUGGACCGAAACAACAACAGCAAGCCGCCGCGGGAUGUCUUCAAGAAACCCGCCGACCCACCGAAACCCAAGCGGCACCCUGUUUACAUGGAGACCUCUUUCCUGAACGUGUACCCUGAGGAAUACACUCUGGACCCCCCGACCCUGUACACCGAUGCCCCCUCCCCCUCCCCUCCCUGCUCGCCCCCACCCUUCCUGCCUCGACACGAGUCGGCACAGCUGAUGAACUCGUUGCUAAAGCAUGAGACUCGUUACCGUAGCAACACCAUGGAUUAUCUGCACGAAGUCAAGCAGUACAUUCUCAGGACGGCCCGAAAGAACCGGCGGAAACCGAUACUGUACAACUUGCAGCAAGAGGCGCCCAAUCCCAAACGGAUCGUCUGCCUUUUCCCGACGGACAACAAGCCGGCGCACUAUGGUAGAGAGUUUCACGGAGCGAUAGCCCGUGAGGAGGCCGACCAUUUGCUGACGCAGGGCGGAGAGGGGAGUUACCUGGUCCGGGAGAGCCAACGAGCUCCCGGAAGCUUCACCCUUGGACUCAGGCUGAACCACUCGACGAAGAACUUUCGGCUGUACUACGAUGGCAAGCACUACGUGGCCGAGAAGCACUUUGACUCCUUGCACGACCUUGUGGCCGACGGCCUCAUCACGCUCUACGUGGAGGCGAAAGCCGCUGACUACAUCAAAUCCAUGGAGUCGGAACCGAUCUACGAGAAGCACUCACGGUACGCGACAAUCAGGGACAAGCGGAUCAGUAACGGGGCCGUGUUGCCGACGUCAGGCAGCAAACAGGUACCCAUCCAGGAUCAGGUGGAUGCACGUACCGCUGUGCUGGACAAUGCAGUCACGUCGGCAUCGUACGAGAAGGCACACAACUUCAAGAUGCACACUUUCAAGGGUCUGAACUGGUGCGAGUACUGUGGCAACUUCAUGUGGGGUCUCAUAGCACAGGGAGUCCGAUGCACAGAUUGCGGCCUAAGCACCCACAAGCAGUGCUCCAAGAGGGUACCCCUAGACUGCACCCCGGACCGCCGCCUCAUCAAACGUGUCUACGGCGUGGACCUGACAACCCUCGUCAAGGCACACGGCACAACGCGGUCAAUAGUCAUCGACAAAUGUAUAGAGGAGCUGGAAACCAGAGGUUUGGAUAUUGAGGGCUUGUACAGGGUACCAGGUAUGCAGGAUGACAUGGAUCUCUGCAGACAGCGGUUUGAUAAAGAUGGUGCCAACGCAAAGAUCAGUGCCAAGGACUUCCCGGACAUCAAUGUCAUCUCGGGAGCGCUCAAGAUGUACCUGAGGCAGCUUCCCAUCCCGCUGGUCCCGUUCGAGAUGUACGACCGCUUCAUGAUGGCAGCGAAAAUCCAGGAUCCCACAGAGAGGUUAGAGGCGACGCACAACGCAAUGAAUGAACUGUACAACAUCAAGCCGGCCCACUAUCACACGCUCAAACAUCUCAUCAACCAUCUCAACAGAGUGGUACAACAGAAGAACGUGAACAAGAUGAGCGCGGAGAACGUCGGAAUCGUCUUCGGCCCGACGCUUCUGCGCGAGGCCAACGACCAAACCAUCAUGGACAACCUCUACCUACUCCAGUACCAGAAGAAAGUCGUCGAGAUCAUGGUGGAAAACCCUGACAUCAUCUUCGAGAAGUGAGGGCGCCAGACACCCUGUCUAGUCUCGGAGAGAAAAUAAGUGCAGGGCCAGUUCCCUGUUCAAAGACUGUAAGAAGGUUUCAUAAGAAGCUAUGUUGGAGAACAUGAACAUUUUGCUCCUUCGGAAGCCCCUCCCUAUCUGUCAAUCAAACUGCGCAUUGACCAAUUAGAUUGCAGCUUUGAGUCAUGUGACCAUGGUGGGCGGGCUUGUGGCCGAAAUCAGAACGGCCAAUUUAUAUCCAGUUAAAUCAUUGUAUGUUUUUGGCAGGAAAUUUCAUGGAGUUAAUUUUAAGAAGAAAAAAAAUCCAAUAUGGCUGCCGGUGAAAGCUCUCAAUAGUAAUUGUCCCUUUUUCACCAGUAGAGGGCGCACACGUCUGCUGAGCAUGGACUUUUAUUGUAUCCAUUGCAUAGGUUAGCUUUAACCACUUUUUAUACACACAGGACAGAAGACUGCAAUUUAUGGAAAGACAGCUAUGAAAAAAUGGGAAUCAAAAACAGUAUUAUGUUGCCAAAGAACGUGCGCACUUCUCAGCGAAUUGUGUCAUCCAAAACCACAAAAACAUCUCAUUUCUUAUAAUCACCACUCACUUAAAGAGCACUGCAUUUUUGGCAAAGGCAAUGUGGCGGCCAUUUUAAAAGUGGCUGCCACAUUCUUGUAAAACCAAAAUUGCGGCGUCCCAUACACAUAAAUCUUCCCAGUUUUGUUUAGAGAACUACCGGCUAGCUACUUAAGCCCUUUUCCGAACUGUAUAUAAUUAUAUAUAUAAUUAUCCAAAUUUUAUGUGUCGCUAGUAUUAAACAAACAAAACUGUUGUAACUUAAAAACUUUCAGAUUGGCAGAGAUCCAAUCUGUUUUUUAUUUCCGUGAUUGGAAUAUAUGCGUGUGACGUUCUGGCAAAAUAAGACGGAACUGGGCAUAGGGUGUAGUGGAGAAAAAUGCAAAAAUCGGAAUGGGGUGAUUUUCUUCGAUUUCCAGAUUUAUCAAUGCUUGUAAUCUUUGAUAUGUCUGCUGCACAUAUUUUAAAGAAAUAGUAUAAAAAUCAUGGAAUAAAAGUGUUUUUAAGGAAAAAGCAAUUGGCGUCUAUCAUUUUCAGGAAUACAAAACUCGAAACGUUUAAGGCCUUUUUCGCAGUAUUUUACCUUUUUGACAUGUUGAUAAAACUUUAAACAUCCAUAACUUGUCAACGGAAUGUCUGAUUGAAGUGCAACAAACAGUAUUGUGAGGAGAAUUUUGUUCUCUUUCCUAACACCUGCAAAUUCUUAUUUCCACCUCUGCCCAGUUCUGUCUCAUUUCGCUAGAACGCCUCACAUAAUUACCUCUCAAACAAGAUGGUGGAUGUUUGAGAUAUUCUACCCACUGAUCAGUAAACAUUAACUCGUGAUAGCUAGAAAUAGAAAACUAUUUCACUCUUUGAGGUAUUUUAAAAAUUAAGAACUUUAUUUUUGUGUCUAUUUAUAUGAAAGGAUUUUUUUUUGUAUGAAGAAAAUCAUACUUGUUUUAUAAGUGAUGUGUACUUAAAUGCUUACACACGAACUGGCUGAUAAGACUAUCGAAAAAAAGAUCAAAAGUUUGAGAAAAUGUAGUCUUUUCUCUUAUACAGCGCUUGAAUGAAUCCCUGUCAUAUGACUGAUGGGUCGUUGAUCACAUGUCAUUGAAUUAUUCCUUCUAACCCGGCCCGCACCGCAAAAAUAGAAGUUCUAUUCCACGGUAAAUAGAAGCUCCAUUGCAAGUCCCAGGAUUGGUGGAUCUGACCAAUCAGAUGACGAGGAUUUAUUCAGGUGUUGUAUAAAACAAACAAUGAAUGUUUUUCAUUCAUGCAAUGGAGACAAUACUUUCAUUCGGUGACAGCUGGAAUGUUCCAUUCCACUUGGCUUCGCCUCGUGAAAUGGAACAUUCCAUCUGUGACCUCAUGAAAUUAUUCUUACCAUUGCACUCAUAAACAUUCAUUUUUUGUAUAUUAUUUUGUAUGAUGGAUUUUCCAUUGUGGAUCUAUGGAGAAAACCACAUCCAAUUUUUUAGUUAAGUGAAAUAUAUUUCUAUUGUUGUGGCUGAUUCGGAUUUGAGGUAGAGAAUGUGGACACCGGAGGGCGCUCUUCACACAAACUGGCUUUGUGUGAUGGAUUGUUAAACACAGUUUCUUGUAUGCUGACAGAAACUUGUUAACAUUGUUCUAUAAAAUGAAAUAGGAGAAAUUGUAGUAAUUUACAUUUUUCUGUAUAUUUUUAAUUUUUCCUAAAUCCCGUUUAAAAUUUGGCGAUGGAAUUUAAAAAGCCUCAUUACGAUUACUCAGGUUAUCUUAAGGUUGAAAUUCGUGUGUAAUUUGCAAAAAAAAAAUCGUAGUUAUGAAGCUUUUAGGAAGAAAAAUAUUGCUUAGAGCGUUGCGUAGCAAUGCAUAUAUACUUUUUUGUGUCCAUCCAUAAAUUGAGCAGAGAUUUAUCCCCUAGUGGGCUCCGUGCACGAACUGUGAGGGCGCUCUGCGACUUAAUAAGAGCGUAAAGUUUUUAAUUUGUACCACUAUUGCACGAAGUCCAUAGACAGAAUUACUUAUAAUAAUUCCCUGUUUGCAGUAUUACCAUUGUAGAUUUUAACACUUUAAAAGCAAUAUCAGAUUGUACUAGUCAACCACAGUUAUAUAAUGAAUGUUAUUUCACAUAAUGAA